AUGCCCUAUGUGUCAAUGCAGGAAAUUUCUCUGGAUGACGACUUCGUCAGAAAUGAUAUGCCUCGAUUGACGGAUUCGCUAUCGGACUGGUUCACCGAAGACUCCUGCUGCUACACCGCUAAAGAUGCUAUCAAAGAUUUGAACGAUGCGACGACUUGGAGCCCAUCAUCGCCGCUGAAAAAUGCCAAGCAAAAAUCUGAGACGCCAGAGUUCAACUAUUUUCCGUAUCAUUCUGGUGAAGCUGAUGCCCAACUCCACAUUGUCGAGUACACACCAUACUCUGCAAAACGUGGCGGACGGCAGAACGGA